AUGGAGGCAGAUGCCUGCAGGAACAGGACGACUGUCACUGAGUUCAUCCUCCUUGGCCUGACAGAGAAUGCUGGUCUGCAAUCCAUUCUUGCUGUUGUCUUUUUCUUUGCUUAUGUAGUCACAGUUGGGGGCAACCUCAGCAUCAUCUCUGCCAUCUUUGUGGAGCCCAGACUCCACACUCCCAUGUACUACUUCCUGAGGGUUCUGUCUCUGCUGGACAUCGGGUGCAUCACGGUCACUGUUCCUCCGAUGCUGCUGUGUCUCCUGGCUCACCAGUGCAGAGUUCCCUAUGCUGCCUGCCUUUCACAGCUCUUCUUUUUCCACCUCCUGGCGGGUGUGGACUGUCACCUCCUGACAGCCAUGGCCUAUGAUCGCUACCUGGCCAUCUGCCAGCCCCUCACCUACAGCACCCGCAUGAGCCGUGAGGUCCAGUGUGCCCUGGUGGGCCUCUGCUGUGCCAUCUCCUUCCUCAAUGCUUUGACUCACACAGUGGCUGCGUCUGUGCUUGAUUUCUGUGGCCCAAACAUAGUCAACAACUUCUACUGUGAUCUCCCACCUCUGUUUCAGCUCUCUUGCUCCAGCAUCCAUCUCAACGGGCAGCUGCUGUUUGUGGGAGCCUCCUUCAUGGGGGUGAUCCCCAUAAUCCUCAUCUCAGUGUCCUAUGCCCAUGUUGCGGCUGCAGUAUUGCGUAUCCGCUCUGCCGAGGGGAGGAAGAAGGCCUUCUCCACUUGUGGCUCCCACCUCACUGUGGUCUGCUUCUUUUAUGGCACUGGCUUCUUCAGUUACAUGCGUCUGAGCUCAGUCUCAGCCUCAGAUAAGGACAAAGGGAUUGCAAUCUUUAAUACUGUUCUCAACCCUAUGUUGAACCCGGUCAUCUACAGCCUCCGGAACCCUGACGUACAGGGUGCCUUGAAGAGGGUGCUGACAGGAAAGAGGUGCUGA